AUGACGGCAAGCGCGAAUCGGGUGUCGACGUACACCUCGGCUUCCGCAGGGUCAGACGCUCGCAAUGGAGAGAGGAAGGACUUGUGGAGCUCUAUGCUGGACAACGUCGCCAGCGGCAAACGGUUACCCGAAAAGAAUAUGAUCGUGCUGGGCGGGUCGCCCGAGUCGCAGCGGGAGUUUGUCGAGUCUCUGUCGCACAGCAGCGAGAAGCGAAGCCUGGACCGCCAUGGCUCUAAAACGCCUCCUAUCGCAAACAGCUUCGCUCUGGGCUAUACCUACUACGACGUCCUGGACGCCGACCAAGAAGACAUCUUGGCGCGAAUCUCCCUCUACAUGCUGUCCACGCCAGCAGAAGCGUUCCCAAAACUUAUCCAACCCCUAAUCACACCCGAGUCGAUACCCAACACCCUGAUGGUCAUACUCCUCGAUUGGUCCACGCCGCAUUUGUGGAUGCGCCAGUUGAGGGAAUGGAUUCUGUUCAUGCGCAGCAUUCUCGAGAACUCGAGCCACGAGUGCCAAGCGACAAUGGAGGAGGUCAUGGUCAGUUGGCGGGACAGGGGUAGAGGCGGCGGCUCAACGAAUCUCGACGGCACAGGAGCAGUUACGAGCGAAGGAGACGUCACGCUUCCACUCGGGCCCGGUGAAUGGGAAGAAGGCAUUGGCCUGCCGCUCUGCGUGGUCUGCCAGAAUGCGGAGAAGAUGGAAGCUUUCGAGAAAACACAAGGUUGGAAGGAGGGCGACUUUGACCAGGUGCUGCAGUAUCUCCGGACAGCGCUUCUGAGACACGGCGCAUCCCUCAUCUACACGACACCUAACGUUCCCUCAUCCAUGCCCACUCUGAUUCACUCGAGUCUGGGCAUCACGUCCCUACUGAAGCGGCAACCGCUGAAGCACAACGUGAUUGACAGGGAUAAGAUCCUCGUGCCGCCGAACUGGGACUCCUGGGGCAAGAUCCGUGUGCUGAGGGACGGUUUCGACGUCGAGACGACCAGCCAGGGCUGGUCGCACGACCUGCAGUCCACGUUCCCCUCGCCGGCGAUGACCACCGAGGGCCUCAACACCCUCGCCAAGGCCAAGGCGGACGGCGACUACAGCGGCGAAGUGUGGUCCUCGGCGGUGGCGCCGUACGAGGACUGGAUCCGCGACCUCAGCAACGCCGGCAGCGCCAUCUCUUUCGCGGGCCGUGACGGGGACCCCUCGCAGCUCGAGAUGUCGUCGACGGACACGCAAGAGUUUCUCGGCUCCAGUCUCCAGACCCUGGAGUCGCACCGCAGCCGGAGCAGCGACGACAAGAAGACCGACAUCUCGAGGUCGAGGCUUGGCCAGCGCGCCGACGAGUCGGACUCCAGCGCCCUGCAGGCUGGAACGGACGGCAAGGUCAGCCAGCACAUUGGGCCUGUGCAGUUCAAUAUGGGAGGCAUCCAGGUGGACGCCGACGACAUGGUGCAGCGGCUUAAGGACCGGCAGGCAUUCAGUGCUGCACAGGACCCCACCACGCCACCGGCCGACGCCGCCGAGGAGAACCCGGACGAGAUGGACAACGAUAAGCUCCAGGCCUUCUUCAGCGGUUUGAUGAACCGCAAGCAACCGGCGAACGGUAGCCCUCGUGGCGGCUCUUGA